UUUGAAAAGCGCAAACCGGAAGUAAUCAAGAAGUUAGCUACAAGAUCCUGGCGUGCGUAUCAAAAAGUUUCCUUCUCUGUUUAUCUUUAGCUACCUCAACCGUUUUUGUUGGUUAGAUUGUUAGAAUUCUCAAAAUACCAAAUGAACAGACACGUAGAGGAUGAUUCAUAUGAGAUAGAGGAGCCAAGUGAUGAAGAAAGAGCUGAAGACAGCUCUGAGGAUGAGCUGGAAGUGCUCUUGAACGGGACCCCGGAUCAGAAGAAGAAACUCAUCCGAGAAUACCUCACUGGGGAGAGUGAGUCCUCCAGUGGGGAUGAGUUUGAGAAAGAGAUGGAGGCAGAACUUAGCACCACCAUUACAACUAUGGAGUGCAAAUGGUUGCCCCCUACAGCAUCAGCAGGGGAGACUUCGGGUACCAAUGAUAAUGCUUCAACACCUGGGUUGCCAGAGCUUUAUGACAACGUUUAUUUUGACUCCGAUUCAGAAGAGGAGGAAACAGCUCCAAGUCGUUCGUCGGGUAAGCGAUGCAGGAAACAGCGAUCCAUCCCCACCAACGAUGAACUACUGUACGACCCUGAUGAGGAUGACCGGGAUCAGGCAUGGGUGGACGCCAAGAGGAAGAGUUACAAUGAAAAGAGAAGAUUGCCAUCUUCACAGAACAGAAGAGGGCAGUCCCAGGGGCUUCCAAGCAGCGACGCUGUCCUUAACUGCCCAGCAUGCAUGACCAUGCUGUGCCUCGACUGCCAAAGGCAUGACAAGUACAGGACCCAAUACAGAGCCAUGUUUGUCAUGAACUGCACAGUAAACAAAGAGGAGAUUUUACGGUACAAAACACUCAACGAGAAAAAUCUGAGGAACAGAAAGAGGAAAGGGCGUCAACCAGAGCCAACAACGGCAAUGGAAGCCACAGAUUCAGGAGUGGUGGUGGGGAUGGGCGGAGAGAUCUACCAUCCUGUCCAGUGUACAGAGUGCUCCACUGAGGUGGCAGUGCUCGAUAAGGACGAGGUCUACCACUUUUUUAACAUCCUCGCCAGCCACUGCUAAAAUGACUGUUGCUGUGACCUUUGUGAUAUCUCUGUUAAGACAUUUGUUACCUGAAUGCACAUGCCAACAUAUUUUUCUGUUAUAAGAUAUGCUGUACAGCCACUGUCCUCCAACGUUAUACUAAAUUUAUCCCUAUGGUAUUUAUUGUAUUUUUCUUGAUAGAUAGAUAUAUUUUUUUGUGUGUGUGCAACAAAUCUACUUAUUUUGUUUUUCUGAAGUUGGACCUGGCUACCACAGAUAUUUGGUCAUUAGUACAUAUCAAAAUAAAAUGUUCAUGUUUUUAAUAUUA